AUGGUUCUUGCAGCUCGUUGUGGGCAGGCUGCCACCCUCCUGCGCCAGCGAUGCCUCGUUGAGGCUCGCCCGGCCUUGUCUCUCCGCACUUUCACCUCUCAGACCUCCGUUCGCUCCACGGCAUCGGCCCUGCGCCUGCAGAAGCUCCCCUCGCCGGCUCGCUCCCAGCAGCUGCGCUCCUUCUCCAGCUCGAUCCGUCGCCUGGCCGAGGCCCAGCAGACUCCCACUGCUGAGUCUUACCUCAACAGCGGUGCCGUCAAGACUGGCAGCAACCUCGUUGACGUGAAGAAGGUCCUGGUCAUUGGUUCCGGUGGUCUGAGCAUUGGCCAGGCUGGUGAAUUCGAUUACUCCGGCUCCCAGGCUCUCAAGGCCCUCAAGGAGGCUGGUGUCCAGUCCGUCCUGAUCAACCCCAACAUCGCGACUAUCCAGACCGACCACAAGCUGGCCGAUGAGGUCUACUACCUCCCCGUCACUCCCGAAUAUGUCACCCACGUCAUUGAGCGCGAGCGUCCCGAUGGCAUCCUGCUCACCUUCGGUGGUCAGACUGGUCUGAACCUGGGUGUUCAGAUGAACCGCAUGGGUAUCUUCGAGCGCUAUGGCGUCAAGGUCCUGGGAACCAGCAUUAAGACUCUCGAGACCAGUGAGGACCGUGAGCUUUUCUCCCAGGCCCUGAACGAGAUCAACAUUCCCAUUGCCGAGUCCGUUGCUGUCGAGACCGUUGAUGAUGCUCUGAAGGCCGCCGAGGAGGUUGGCUACCCCAUCAUCGUCCGUUCCGCCUACGCCCUGGGUGGUCUGGGUUCUGGCUUCGCUUCCAACGCCGAUGAGCUGCGUGAUCUGUCUUCCCGCUCUCUGUCUCUCGCUCCCCAGAUUCUCGUUGAGAAGUCCCUGAAGGGCUGGAAGGAGGUCGAGUACGAGGUUGUCCGUGACGCUGCCAACAACUGCAUCACUGUUUGCAACAUGGAGAACUUCGAUCCCCUCGGUGUUCACACCGGUGAUUCUAUCGUCGUUGCCCCCAGUCAGACUUUGUCCGAUGAGGAGUACCACAUGCUCCGUACUGCCGCCAUCAAGAUCGUCCGCCACCUGGGCGUCGUUGGUGAGUGUAACGUGCAGUACGCUCUGCAGCCCGAUGGACUCGACUACCGUGUCAUUGAGGUUAACGCCCGUCUGUCUCGUUCGUCUGCUCUGGCUUCCAAGGCCACUGGCUACCCCCUGGCCUACACUGCUGCCAAGAUUGGUCUCGGCCACACUCUUCCCGAGCUUCCCAAUGCCGUCACCAAGACCACCACUGCCAACUUCGAGCCCAGUCUGGACUACAUUGUCACCAAGAUCCCCCGUUGGGAUCUGAGCAAGUUCCAGCACGUCAACCGUGACAUCGGCAGUGCUAUGAAGUCUGUCGGUGAGGUUAUGGCUAUUGGCCGUACCUUCGAGGAGUCCCUCCAGAAGGCUAUCCGCCAGGUCGACCCUAAGUACCUUGGUCUCCAGGGUGACCACUUCGAGAACCUUGAUGAUGUUCUCACGAACCCCACUGACCGCCGCUGGUUGGCCGUUGGCCAGGCUAUGCUCCACGAGGGCUACACCGUUGACCGGGUUCACGAGCUCAGCAAGAUCGACAAGUGGUUCUUGUACAAGAUCCAGAACAUCGUUGACUGCCACAACGAGCUGAAGGAGAUUGGCAGCCUUUUCGGUGUCAAGCCCGAGAUGAUGAUGAAGUCCAAGAAGCUCGGCUUCUCUGACAAGCAGAUCUCCCUCCUGGUUGGUGCCUCUGAGGAUGAUGUCCGUGCUCGCCGUAAGUCCUUCGGUAUCACUCCUUGGGUUAAGAAGAUUGAUACCCUGGCUGCUGAGUUCCCUGCCGACACCAACUACCUGUACACCACCUACAACGCUACCUCCCACGAUGUCAGCUUCGAUGACCAUGGAAUCAUCAUCCUGGGUAGCGGUGUUUACCGUAUUGGUAGCUCCGUUGAGUUCGAUUGGUGUGCCGUUAACGCCACCCUGUCUCUGCGCAACAUGGGCAAGAAGACUGUCAUGAUCAACUACAACCCCGAGACCUACUCCACUGACUUCGAUACCGCUGACAAGCUGUACUUCGAGGAGCUGAGCUACGAGCGUGUUAUGGAUAUCUACGAGCUCGAGAACUCCAGUGGUGUCGUAGUGUCUGUCGGUGGCCAGCUUCCUCAGAACAUUGCUCUGCGUCUCCAGGAGACUGGUAACGCUACUGUUCUUGGUACGAACCCCGAGGAUAUUGACAAAGCUGAGGACCGUCACAAGUUCUCCCAGAUCCUGGACAGCAUUGGUGUCGACCAGCCCGCCUGGAAGGAGCUGAGCUCCGUUUCCGAGGCCGAGAAGUUCGCCGAUUCCGUCGGCUACCCCGUUCUGGUCCGUCCCUCUUACGUUCUGUCCGGUGCCGCCAUGAACGUCAUCUACAGUGUUGAUGAGCUCAAGGAGAAGCUUCUCAACGCUUCCGCUGUCUCCCCCGACCACCCCGUUGUUAUCACCAAGUUCAUCGAGGGUGCUGAGGAGAUCGAUGUUGACGCUGUCGCCUCCAACGGUAACCUCAUCCUCCACGCCGUCAGUGAGCACGUUGAGCCCGCUGGUGUCCACUCUGGUGAUGCCACUCUGGUCCUGCCCCCUGCCAACCUCGAUGCCUCCAUCAUGAGCCGUGUCAAGGAGAUCGCUGAGAAGGUCGCCAAGGCCUGGAACAUCACCGGUCCCUUCAACAUGCAGAUCAUCAAGGCCGACGCGGAGGGUGCUGAGCCCCAGCUGAAGGUCAUCGAGUGCAACCUGCGUGCCUCUCGCUCUUUCCCCUUCGUCAGCAAGGUCCUGGGUACCAACUUCAUUGACGUCGCCACCAAGGCUCUCGUCGGUCGUGAUGUCCCCGAGCCCGUUGACCUGAUGGCUGAGAAGCGUGACUACCUGGCCACUAAGGUUCCCCAGUUCUCCUGGACCCGUCUGGCUGGUGCUGACCCCUUCCUGGGCGUCGAGAUGUCCUCCACUGGUGAGAUUGCUUGCUUCGGUAAGGACCUGGUCGAGGCCUACUGGUCCUCUCUCCAGUCCACCAUGAACUUCCGCAUGCCUGAGUCUGGCGAGGGUAUCCUGCUUGGCGGUGAUGUCACCCAGCCUUACCUGGCCAAUAUCGUCGACUACCUGAACCCUCUGGGCUACAAGUUCUACGCUGCCAACCCUGAGGUCAAGGCUCACAUCGAGAAGACCUGCAAGGACAACGCCUCCGUCCAGGACAAGCGUGCCCUCCGUGAGGUCUUCGAGAAGUACGACAUCCGUGGUUGCUUCAACCUGGCCAAGACCCGCGGCAAGACCCAGCUGGAUGAGGACUACGUGAUGCGCCGUAACGCUGUCGACUUCAGCGUUCCCCUCUUCAUGGAGCCCAAGACUGCCCAACUCUUCGCUCAGUGCAUGAACGAGAAGAUGCCCCGCCAGGAGGGUAUUCCCUCCGAGGUCCGCAGCUGGUCCGAGUUCGUCGGCGGCAAGCUGCUGUAA